AUGCCGCCGGCGUGGAUCCUGCCCGCAGCAGCGUGGUUGGUGCUGCACCUCACGGCAGAUCCGGGCGGGAGAGGGGCCGCGAGCGCCGGCGGGGCGGCGGGGGUCUGCGCCCGGGGGAACGUGACGGCCAGCACGGCCCGCGCCGUCCAUCCCGGCACCGCCGCCACGCUCCGCUGCCAGCUGCGAGCCGCCGGCCCCGCGUGCUGGGCAGCCAUCUUCCUCAACGGCUCCCAGCAGGCCAAAAAGAAGGGAAGCUCCGUGAGCAAAUCCUUCCUGCUCACUUCCUACGGCAGACACACCUUCACCUGCAAAAGCAUCUGCGGGGACAAGAGAAAACUCGUCUGUGGGAUCGACAUCCAGUGUGGAAGUCCUCCAGACGAGCCCAGGAACGUGUCCUGCAUCCAGGACGGGACGUGGGGACACCCCACCUGCACCUGGGACAAAGGAAGGAUCACCUACCUGCACACUGCCUAUGGAAUAGAGCUCUCCAACGGCACCGAUGCCUUUUGCUUCCCAGAAGCAACUCCCGGUCAGCUCUCGGGCUCCGGGGCUCUGGGCAAGCUGGAUUUUGACUCCAAUUACACCGUGGUGGUUUUUGCCUCCAAUAAAUUGGGAAAUUCCUCCUCCCAGCCGCUCACCUUCACGUUGAUCGACAUAGUGAAGCCGCCUCCUCCCAGAUUUCUGGUGGAAUUCAACGAUUCCUCUGCCACCAGCUGCACCCUUUCCUGGCACGACGAAGCGCGGGCACGGCACUGCAGGCUGAGAUAUCGGCCCCUCAGCCAGCCUGGAGCCUGGAGCACGGUGGAAAGCUUCAGCAGGGAGAGAUUCCAUCUGCAGGGGCUGGAGCCCGACACAGCCUACGAGUUCCAGGCGAGCUGCAGGAUCCUGCCGGGGCGCGGGCUGUGGAGUGACUGGAGCAGGAACUGGAGCCGCACCCCAGCAGCAGUGCCAAGUGGGAUCCUGGAUGUCUGGUACCGGCAGCAGGACCUGGACCCUGGCCACCAGAACCUCUCCCUUUUUUGGAAGGCUCUGAGCAAGUCCGAGGCAGGAGGGAGAAUCCUGGGAUACACCGUGACCUUGGAAGCCCUGGACGGCGGGGAGGCGCCGGCACAAUCCCACCGGAGCAGCCAGACCAGCUUCUCCAGGGUCACCCGCAGGGUGGGCCACAGGGUGACGGUCACCGCCCGCAACCCCCGGGGCAGCUCCCGCCCUGCAGCCAUCCUGACCGGCCUGGGCAGCGCCGAGCUGCCCCCUCCUCAGCGAGUCUCUGCCGCGGGCCUGGGGAACAGCAGCAUCCUGGUGAGCUGGAGCCCCCCCGUGGGACCCGCCGUGCCCGUCGGGGGGUACGUGGUGGAGUGGGCAGAGCCCCGGGGGGAGCCCCCGCUGCAGCCCCGGCACUCCUGGGUGAAGCUGCCCCCGUCCCACCUGUCCACGGUGAUCACAGAGCACAUCAGAGAUAACGUCUGCUACCAGAUCCACGUGUCUGCGCUUUAUCAGGACAGGGCUGGGCAGGGAGCAGCGGUCAGGGGAAACUCCACGGCACAAGCCCCGUCAGCAGGGCCCCAGAUGUUCGCAACCCCCUGGGCCAGCGGCGUCCUGGUUUCCUGGGAGGAGAUCCCGGCUCCCCAGCAGCGGGGCUGCAUCACCGGGUACCACAUCUACCUGCACAGGAGGGACAGGGGGCCAGCCCGAGGUCCACGAGCCCCACCCCAGCUGAAGGCAGUAAAAUCCCGGGCCGGGCUCUCCGUUUCCAUGGCUGUUUUCCCUCCAGCCGUUCCCGCCGGGAUCGCUCCUCUGUCCCUGCACAUCCCUGACCUGGAGCCCGGGGAGCACCACGAGCUCUGGAUGACAGCGGCGACAGCGGCCGGGGAGGGGCCCCGGGGCAACAGCGACAGCGUCUGCCUGGAGGGUGCUGGGGGCUGGCUGACCCUGGUGCUCGUCUGCAGCUUCCUCAUCCUCUCAGCCUUCGUUUGCUCCGUGCCCCCAGCCAGGAGAGCGUUCCGGCGGCUCCUGUCCCUCCUCCUGCCGCAGUGGCAGAGCAAAGCCAUCCCCGACCCCGCCAACGCCGCCUGGGCCAAGAGCUUAUCGGCUACCAAGGCGGAGCUGGGCGCUCCCUCCAGCCCCUUCCCACCCGGCGCCUUGGAAGAGCCCGAAACGAGCCCGGUGGAGGAAAGCUGGGAGCAUCCCGAGCCGCCCACCCCCGCGGAGAAGCUGCUGCAGGGCAGCGGGGACCGAGGGGACUGGGCACAGGAGGAGCAGCAGCUCCCGGAGCUCUACCGGAGGCUGGUGGUGGAGCCCCCGGAGCCCGAGUACAUCUCCAACCCCGGCACCUCGGCCCCGGCCGCUGCCCCCGAGCCCGAGCCCGGCCCCGAAUCCCUCUUCCCGAGCGCGUUCCUCGCUCCCGCGCCCGGCUGCGGAGGGAAUCUGACCCUGGACAGGGUGAAACUCAGCUGCGGCUCCUUCCCCAGGUAG